GAGUGAGGGGAGGGUGUCCCGGUAGCUCUUGCCUCUCAGCGAUGGCGCCGCGGUGCCGCGCCCAGUCUCCCGCCUGCCGGCCGGUACUCACCACUAUCGGGAGCCCGCUCAGACGGUGAAAAUUGGAGCGGGUCCGAGGGAGCGGCGGGAGGCUGCCUGCGAAGGGGACCAUGAGGAGCGGCGAGACCCGUGGGGUCGAUAGCGGCAACAGCUGCCGCACCUGCUGAGAGGAAAGAGGGAGCGGCCCGCCGCGGCGGCAGUGCUGGGACGCGGCGGAGGCUCGCCGGCGCCUCGGCCAUGUCGUUGCUCUGUGUGCGCGUUAAAAGAGCCAAAUUCCAGGGUUCACCAGACAAAUUUAACACAUAUGUGACCCUGAAAGUGCAAAAUGUGAAGAGCACAACUGUAGCAGUCCGUGGCGAUCAACCUUCCUGGGAACAAGAUUUUAUGUUUGAGAUCAGUCGCCUGGACCUGGGUCUAAGUGUGGAAGUAUGGAACAAAGGACUGAUCUGGGACACCAUGGUGGGGACUGUGUGGAUUGCACUGAAGACUAUUCGUCAGUCAGAUGAGGAAGGGCCUGGGGAAUGGUCCACGUUGGAGGCAGAGACAUUGAUGAAAGAUGAUGAGAUCUGUGGAACUAAAAACCCAACUCCCCAUAAAAUUUUGCUGGAUACAAGAUUUGAGUUGCCUUUUGAUAUCCCAGAGGAGGAAGCCAGAUAUUGGACCUACAAAUUGGAGCAAAUCAAUGCCUUGGGAACUGACAAUGAGUAUUCUAGUCAAGAAGAAAGCCAGAGGAAACCAUUGCCUACUGCUGCCGCCCAGUGUUCUUUUGAAGAUCCUGAUAGUGCCGUUGAUGACCGAGAUAGUGACUAUCGCAGUGAGGCCAGCAAUAGCAUACCACCUCUUUACCAUACGACUUCCCAGCCCAAUGCUUCUGUGCACCAAUUCCCUGUGCCUGUGCGAUUGCCACAGCAGCUGCUGCUUCAGGGCAGUUCCCGGGACUCUUGCAAUGACUCUGUGCAAAGUUAUGACCUCGAUUAUACAGAGCGGCGGGCCCUCAGAUAUCCUCAGAAAUAUGAUACAAUAGAUAGGAGAAGGAAAAAGACACCCUUAUAUAGUCAUUUUGAAGACAGUGAAAAAAGCCAAUAUGAUGAUAAAUCAGGAACUAAGACUAACUUGAAAAGUACAUAUCCUAACACUGAAAAUUGUGACCUUUGCCAUGUUGAGAAGAAGGAACAAAAUUACCCAGUUUUGCGUCCCUACAAAAAUGGAUUUGUGGUUAAGAGUGGCAUGUGGACCACUAACUUGGAAAGUCAUGAUUAUGAUCUUCCUGGUUGUUUUAAGAACUGUGAAAAGUCAUCUGGCUUAAACCAGCAUGUCACUAAUUUCACUCCAUUAGAUAUUCUUGAAGAUUCUGCCAGCAGUACUUCUGAUGAACUUCUGGGUUCCCCCGUUUCUGAUAAGCAGGAAGAUUUACUGUCACCAACAUGUCAUCCAUCCAAUGUCCAUCAUAUUGGAGGUUUCCCAGAAGAAUAUUAUGGAGCAAAUCCUGCAUUUGCAUCACAAAGGAUGAAUUGUGCUACAGACACACUUGGAAAUCUGUCUGGGUCCCCCAUGGAAGAGAUGACCCCUUCCUCUAUUGAGGAACCCAAGGAGGACUAUAUUGAUACAAUGGGUGAGCUUCAGUGUUUGGUAGAAACAGUGUCAGAAUAUUUAGCAGAGAAGGAAGAGGAGAUUAAUAGAUUUGGCUCCCUUUCAAAAACUAAAAAAACACUUAAACACAAUAGUACUGUUAAUAAUGCAGAACAGAAAAUGCCAGGGGAUCAAAUACCAUCUUUAAACAUUGUCAAGAAUGACAAGGACAAAGCCAUCUCUUUCCCUGAGCUGAAUGGAGUAAAAUGUGCUGUUGGUUCUUUAUUCACUUCACUCACAGAAAAGGUGGGUUCAGGCACAAAGCAUCUAACAAGCUCUGUGGAAAAGCUGGUUUAUUUAGUUCCAGAGAAAACAGAAACUCUUAAUCAAACAGAGGCGAUUAAUUCACAAUCUAGACCCAGAGCCAAGUCAGUAUCAGAGAAGGAUCUUUCCAUACAAUCUCCAUCUCCAUUAUCUUCUCAAACAGUUGACAAUAGGGACGUUGGCAAACAUGACAAAACCUCUGAAAACGAGCACGUGGACAGUAAAACUGGAAGUUUAAACUUUCAGGAUCCAACAGAAACUAUUGGAAGGGACUCUGCUUCACAGAGUCAGAGUUCAGUUAUAAAGUCUGUUUGCAGCAUGCUAAAUCCAUUAAAAAUCUUUUUGGAAAAGGAUGAAACCAAAAAAGAUGAUGACCAGAGCAAGCCAACAAGAAAGGAAAACUUUGUUGCGUGUGGUUCAGAGUCAAAUCAAGGGGAAGAUACCCUUGGCAAUGAUAGUAGCAUUGUCACUUUAGAUAGGAGUGAUAGAGAAACUCCUCACUACCAAAUGCCCCUAAGUGAGGAUUUGUUGUCUUCCCAAGCAGCCAUUGAACAUUCUAACUUAGCUCAUUCUGCAAAUAAGAAAGAUGAUGUUGCGAGUCCGUUGGAAAGAGAACCCUGUACAGAUCUGUCUCUGUUACCAGAUCAACGAAAAAUAUGUGCCAAAGAUACUUUAGGACAUCAUUGUGAAGCUGGCAGCAGAACUGCAAAUAAAGAGCCAUCUUCAAAGCCAUUAGAGGGGGACAAAAUUACUGGUGACGAUGAUUUCCUUGAGCCACUCAGAAAAUCCUUUAGCCAGUUUUUGCUCACUUCCCCUGAGACCUAUUCAAAGGAGACUUUGUCAGACUCUAUGAAAAUUCACCAGUUGGAGGAAGAUGGAUGGGAAAGGGGCCCUAAGAAAGGUGGACAUUCCUUUUCCUUUAGUGGAAAAUUAGAUAUUCCAUUUUUCAAAGUUCUUAGUCAUUCUGAAAAGCAGCAGGAUGUAAGAGAGAAAGGAAGCAUGUUCCCUUUGUUUAAAUUUUCUUCCACUGACAGCCAUAAAACUGUCAACGACCAGAGUUUUCAUGGCUCAGCAGUAACCACUGAUGAAGAGAUCCAAAGAGACUGCCAUGCAAAUGCCAAACUUAGUUCAAUAAAAUCUACUUCAGUUCCAAAUAUUCAUAGUAAUCUAGGGAAAUUUGGCGAUAUAAAGACAUCUAAUAAGAGUGACCAAAUAAAUACUCCUGAAGAUGUCACACUUAAUAAAAUAAAGUCUUAUUCGGCUCCAAAUAUUAAUAAUGAUCUUGGGAAAUUUGGGAGUAUAGAGGAAUUACACUCAAGUGACCACACAGCAAUAGAGAACUGUGAAAGAGAUACCUUAAACAUUCCUGGAGUUGUGUCUAAAGAGCAUAUACCUUCAGAUUCUUUAGGAGAAAGUAAGAAUUUUACACAAGUGACAUCCUCAACAGUACCAGACUCUUCAUUAGCGUUUACUUCUACCAUUUCGAAACCCACCUUGGUUGAUGAAAUGAGUGAUGACAAACUUGUAGAUAAAGCUUCCAAGAAAAGAACACAAGGAGGCCUUCUUUCUGGCCUGUUUAACAGAUUUUCUUCUCUUGAAAACUUGUCUAGUCAACAAGAAUUAAAUGUGAAGAAAGAUGACUCUCCUCACAGGAAUAAUACACUGAGCUUAUUCUCUGGAAUAUUUAACUUGAUAUCAAAUAGCAGUAUGACUGAUUGUAAGCCAGAUGAAGCAAAGUCCAUGUCUUUAGGUGACCUAAAGGGUUUGAAUGGAAAAAAGCAUUUAUCCUUGGAUGAGAUCCCUGUUACUUCAUGUGUGACUUUUGAGAACCAGAGGAACCAUGAAAAACAGGAAACUUCUGACUUCAUAAAAAGCUGCUUAUCUUUACCUAAAGAAAACAUACCAUUAUCUGAUGCUUGGGUUGAUAACCAUUAUUGCCCUCCUACAUGGAAAAACCAGCAAAGUGAAAAGAAUUUCCCCUCUUCUGAGAACAGUGUACUUCACUGCACUCCAACUGCUCAGCAGGACCUAUUAGAGAAAUCUUUGGCUAAGAGGCAGACACCACACCAUGCUCUUGAGGCAAAACUACAUGAAAAUUCUAACAAGUUAAAUUCACCUAUGCUAAAUACUAACAUUCUUAGUCAAUCAAACCACUAUCAGGCUUUUGAAGAGAUGAACAAUCCUUUCUCUUAUGAAUGGGAUUCUGAUAUAAAAGAUUUCUCUAAAAAUUCCAGAAAACUUCAGCCAGUUUAUUAUAUGUUGAAUCAAAAUACAUUUCCAUCAGCCGAUGUUUUCUUGUGGCCUGACUCAGAAAAUCCAGCAAUAAAUUUUUGCCAAAAAGAUCAAAAUGCAAAUAUCUUGGAGUGGAGAACAAAUCUAAACAGUGUCAUUUGGUGUGACUUACCACAUGAAUCAUUCAACCAGUUAGCAUUUAAUGAAGAUUACUUAUUGAGAGGUGAUAUGUGGGCGGCUAACUCAUUAUAUGGAAAUUCUUGUUAUCUUCCAAUUAAUGAGACUAAGAAUUCACUAGAAGAAUUGCCCAUUGACUUAAGUUGUUCUUCAGGCUAUGAGAAGAGUACGAGCCCGGUAGUUGAUCUAGACUCAUUAAGAAUGGAUGAAAACUUUGUUUAUUCAAGUGUUGGUUAUGAAUACCAGGAAUGGUUGUCAUGUCUUGAAAAUGGAGUGUGGUGGCCAUCAGAGGAUGGAGAUUAUGGAUAUUUUAUGUUCCACGAUGGUCAGUACAUCUAUUCUUUCCUUACUGAUUCUACUGGUCAGUAUGCAUAUUUAUUUAUACCUGACUGUUCUUAUGAAGAGUAUUUGAAUUGUGACUUACAGACAAAUGAUCUAUCAAGUAUUACAUUAGAUGAUAGCACUAUUCCUGCUUACAGUUUUAAAGUACUUGACAGGGAAGACGAAUUACUGUGGUAUGUUGAAGAGGAACCAAUUGAUGACCCUCUUGAUUUAUCUGUAGUUUUGCCAAGAAGUGAGGGACCAAUGUAUCUAAAUAUAGAAAUGUUUUCACAAGUACUUGAAAAGUCAAGUUAUGGCCAAAGGGAUCAACCAUUAGAUUUUUCAGGCUAUACUCCUCAAAAGUCAAAAGGAGAUUUUGUAUCUUUUAAAGAAAGGCUGGGUGGUUCUGAAGACUCUGAGUGUACAUUGGAUCUCAGAAAUCAUCCCCAAAUGAUUGGUAAUCAUGUCUUAAAUAAAAAUCAAAUUAUAAAGGGAGAUAAGAAUCAGACUCUAGCGAAGGAUUCAUCAGUUAACCUUUCCAGUUUCUGGUGGAUCCAGUCUUCUUCUGAAGAAGCUGCCUCUUUGGUUCAUCCUGAAAAUAAGACUAACAUCCCACAGCAAACAGAAGAGAUGUCAUCAUUGAACAAAGUGACUUUGUCAUUUUCUGCUUUGGGUGCUUCAACUGGAAGUACUUUGAAUUUUGAUAAGAAUGAAUCCUUAGAGUCUUCAGCCAUGCAGAAAAUAGAUCAGCAGUCAAACUUAGCAGAGAUCACAAAUGAUGGUCUUCAGUCAUUAAUCUUGACUAAGCAACUAGAGAGUAACUCCCAAAGUGAGGAAGAAAGUCUUCUCAAGAAGGAUUCAGAGAGACAAAUGGUAUCCAAUGUUCAGAGACCAGAAUUUACUAAAAAUAUGAAGAAAGAAUUCCCUUUAAAUAAAAGCAUUCAUGUGAAAAAACAAAGUUUGUUAAAAUCUGUUUUCCAGGCAAACCAAAUAACUUCUCAGGCUCAAUCAGAUACAGAAGACGACAAGAUGAUUACAGCUGAUUCUGUUUCAAUUCCUCUUGUAUCACAGUUUAGUAGGGAUGAAUGCAAGAAUUAUGAGCCUCCUCAGGACCAGUCUUCCAAAGAGUCUGAGAGAACAUUAUUUAAAAGUGCACUGAAACUCUUUGGUGGGGGAGAAGACUCUUCAGUAAGUGCAGGAGCAAACGAGAAACAGGCAUCUCCAUUUUUGAACUUCUUUAAAACCCAGGUGAAUAAAGAAGGAUCACCAAAUUUAGAAAAGAAUGGUGAGACAAAUAGAAAGAUAUCGUCUCAGGAAAAGAAUGAAUCUCCUGGUGUUUCAAAUGUUUUUGGUUCCCUUGGGGAUUUCUUUAAAACCAAUGUAUCUCCUAAACAGACAACUGAAAAUAUGUCUGUUUCUUCAAUGACUAAUAAGGAUAAGGUCAAGUCAAGUCCUAAUCCUGCACAUCUAACUAAACAGGAUGUUGGGAACUUUCCUGCUGCACCAGUUUCCUCUAAAGGGAAGGUUCGAGUUAGAAAUCUGAACAAGCAGACUACUAUUGAUGACAGUGAGCUAAAGGAACCAUCAAUUAGGGAGAUCCAGUGUGAUCAUUUGACUGACGAAGAGGCACCCUCCAGAGACCACCAACUCCCCCAGUCACCAAAUUCAUCUUUCUCAACAAGGUGUCUCAAAGAAUCCUCCAGAGAUUCUUCAGUAGAGACUAGUGGUGUGUCUACAGUGACAGAAGUUCCAAGAAGUGAUAAAAUAUCAUUAGAUAUUCUGAGCAGAAGAAAUUCAAAUGAACAAGAUCAUUUUUCUGACAAAGACCAGAGUUUUUCAACUGCCACAACAUCUCCAUUCCAACCAGAAUUACCAACCAGAAAGACUAUAUUUUCUUUCCUGACUGGAUCCGAAAAAUCUGAGAACAGAACCUCUACUGCUCUACCAAGAACCACAUCUCAAGGAGAAGGGCUAUUCACACUUCCUUCCUUUUUUUCCACUGCUAACUCAGGCAGCAAGAAGAAUGCCUCUCGUAAUAGCUCUUUCAGUUUCUUCAACUUGUCCUUUUUGGAUGAAAAGCAGCAGACUCCUGGGGAAAAACACAGCCUUUCAGCUGUUGCUCCAGUGACUUCCCAGCCCUGUAAGAAGCCAAGUGUUUUUGUAGACAUGAGUGAUACAAUGACUAGAGAAGGUUCUAAUGACAGUAGAGGUAGCAUAGUCCAGGAGGUAGUUCAUGAACAGCAAAUGGCUCCUUGUGUUUCCAUUAGCAGCACCACUAAGGUUACCUCCCUUGCAGAUGAGCUCAAUGUAGAAAACAACUAUCCAGGAAAACUAGGUUCCGGUAAUGGACCAGGGACAUCUUUAAAAGAUUUCCAGGUAAGUCAGUCACAAAAAGACAUUGUUCCUCAUUCACCACAAUUUCAGGCACAGUCUGAAACACUGCUCAUUGGUCCAGAGACCCUUGAGGUAUCUCCCCAUGAAGAAGAGGCUUUCAUACAGGAAGCCUUUCUGAGUGACUCACCAGCCAGCUCUUUUUCACAUGAUAGCCAUUUGGUUGAAAAGCUCAACCAUUUUGACACAUGUACUACCUACCACCAAAAUGAAAGAUUUACUAGUGACCCACUGAACUUGCCAUUAGAAAAGGCCCCUGAUGAGGUCUUAACACAGAUCCUGGAGCCAGCUUCUUCCUCUGUGGAGCCAGGAUGUACAGGGCACCUCCAGAGUCAAGAUGCAGAUAAAGUGGAAGACAAAUCAAUGUUGGACUCUUCAGUAGAAAUGCUUUCAGGGUUUGUGACCAAAGUGAAAUCUUUCUCUGGGUCCUUAAUUGAACCUCCUAAAACUUUCUCUGGACUUUUCUCUUCUCCUAAACCUGCAAAGAAGAACUCCUUUUUCUCUUUUUCUUCUGGUGCAUCAUCUCAACCUCUCAAAGGUGAGUUAUUUGGACUUUUUAAAAGUCCCAAACCAGAGACAUACAAACAAGAAUCAUCUAUUCCAGCUACUGCAUUGCUUCAAAAUGGUGGUUUCAGACAUACAGAAGAAUCAGUACCUCCUGAAAAUUUGUGGAAAGAAGCCACCUUUGGAGCACUCAAUUCAAAAGCUAUAGUCAGUGACUGUAGAAUGACUGUGGUUAGUGCAAAGUCAGACUCGGAGACCUUGAUGGAUGAUCCUGACCUAACAACUGAAAUGGAAAACAAUAAUAUUCCUGACAGUAUUCCAGAACCCCAACAUUCUGAAACAAUUGAGGCUGCAUCUUCUGUCUCAGGGGACGAUACUGGGCAAGGAGUAUUGUCUCUGAGUGAUGAAGGAGACAUGGGGAUGUUGCAGGGUACAGACACAGAGGCAUCAUUGGAAGCAGAGCAUAUCUCAUUGCCAACACAGUUGCAUCCAGAACCUAUCUGGAUUGCCAAAGAGCUUCCUCCUCCAAUUCACCUACCUCUUCCUCUUGAGCCAGAGCCAGAUAUGCAAUCUGCCUCCACAAACCAAGACUUCUUAGAGCUACAGGCAACCAAUUCACUAGAAACCAAUACUACAGUGUUCAGUGAGGCAAGUGUUGGCCGGAGUGCCACACUGGAAACCCAAGGAUACCUUUCUCACUGUCCGUUGGAGGAACCUGUGCUUUGUGCCAAAGAAAACUAUGGGAUACUUGAUGCCCAGAAAGGUCCACCCGCAGUCCCCAAGGAAACGGAGCAGCCAAGUCCUCAUUUUGAAAUCCCAAACAUGAUCAGUUGGCCAAAACUCCAUUUCCCAUCCUCUGCUACUGACUAUCGGAAACCACUGAGCUGUUUCUUUUCCUCGCCUUCCUCCUCUGGCAAUAGAGCAGCAGAGACUGGUUUAAUGUCCAGUUUUAAGAAGUUGUCAACUCUAUUUGAGGGAGUUAAUGAGGGGAAAGGGAGUAGUGCAGUGGCAAGUGAUUCAAAACUAAGGUUUGGAAAGAAGCUGGAUCUUUCAUUCCCAUGGCCGAAAGAGAACAAAUGGGACCCUGAACAAAUGCCUGCAGAAUCCUCCUCUCCAGUUUUGGUUAUCAGCAGUGAUCAGGACCUUAAAUUCAGUGAGGCUGACAAAACUCUGGAGUCUUCUCAAGUGUCUGGGGCCAGUGCUGAGCCAGCUAAGGUUUUGACUCAGCCCUCUGGGACCUCUGGGCAGCUGGAGACCAGGCCAAGUAUAUGUGCUCAUGAGCUUUCAGGGCCUGGAGAAGUGGAAAACCAGCAGGAAAUCCCAGCAUCUGGAGAACACGGGGGUACCAAAGAUAACCUCUCUGACCUCACCUGUCCUUCAGAGAGUCAUGAGGAAGAACACUGCACUGUCUCUGAGCUACUUCACCAGCCAGAAACACAUGAAGAGGAGGCAGCGCCUGCUAGCAUUGACUCUGUUUCGGAUGUACAGCAGCCAGUUGCUCUACAUGACAUCAAGGAACCAAAGACCAGCAAAAGCCCCACCAGCAGUAGUAGGUAUGGCUCCUCCUGUAAUGUGAGUCAAGGAAGCUCUCAGCUGAGUGAACUAGACCAGUGUCAUGAACAAGAUGAUGACCGUCGGGAGAGGGACUUGAUUCAUUCCUGCCACAGCUCUGGCAGCUUCUCCAGAGACAGCCAAGUAGGUUUUGGAGAACAAGAGAAAGCCUUGGAGGCGGCACGUGAAGAGGAGAAGGGAGGAGCAUGUGAACCCAAGGAGACGAAAGAAGAUGCUACAACCCCUCCACCCCCAGAUCUGGUGCUACAUAGAGACCACAUCCUAGGCCCCCAGGAGAGUUUUCCCGAGGAGAGUGCAUCUUCGCCAUUUACCCAAGCCAGAGCGCACUGGAUCCGAGCAGUUACCAAGGUUCGACUCCAGCUGCAGGAGAUUGCAGAUGAUGGUGAUACCUCUUUGCCCCAGUGGCUCCCAGAAGGGCCAGCUGGAGGGCUCUAUGGCAUUGACAGCAUGCCAGAUCUACGCAGAAAGAAGCCACUGCCACUUGUCAGUGAUCUGUCAUUGGUCCAGUCCCGGAAGGCAGGAAUUACUUCUGCGAUGGCUACACGCACCUCUCUUAAGGAUGAAGAGCUGAAAUCCCAUGUGUAUAAGAAAACCCUGCAGGCCUUAAUCUAUCCCAUCUCGUGUACCACACCCCACAACUUUGAGGUCUGGACGGCCACUACCCCAACCUACUGCUAUGAGUGUGAAGGCCUGCUCUGGGGCAUUGCCCGGCAGGGCAUGCGCUGCAGCGAGUGUGGAGUCAAGUGUCACGAGAAGUGCCAGGACCUGCUCAAUGCCGACUGCCUGCAGCGGGCUGCAGAAAAGAGCUCUAAACAUGGAGCGGAGGACCGGACACAGAACAUUAUCAUGGCCAUGAAGGACCGCAUGAAGAUCCGAGAGCGGAAUAAGCCGGAGAUCUUUGAAGUUAUCCGGGAUGUCUUCAACGUGAGCAAAGUUGCCCAUGUGCAACAGAUGAAAACAGUGAAGCAGAGUGUGCUGGAUGGCACCUCCAAAUGGUCGGCCAAGAUUACCAUAACUGUGGUGUGUGCCCAGGGCCUACAAGCCAAGGACAAGACAGGAUCCAGUGACCCUUAUGUGACUGUGCAAGUGGGCAAAACCAAGAAGCGUACCAAGACCAUUUUUGGGAACCUGAAUCCUGUCUGGGAGGAGAAGUUCCAUUUUGAGUGCCACAACUCUUCUGACCGCAUUAAGGUACGUGUGUGGGAUGAGGAUGAUGACAUCAAGUCAAGAGUAAAGCAGCGGCUAAAGCGAGAGUCUGAUGAUUUCCUUGGCCAAACCAUCAUUGAGGUUCGAACACUGAGUGGCGAGAUGGACGUCUGGUACAACUUGGAGAAGAGGACAGACAAAUCAGCCGUCUCAGGGGCUAUCCGACUACAAAUCAAUGUGGAGAUCAAGGGGGAGGAGAAGGUAGCCCCGUAUCAUGUGCAGUAUACGUGUCUCCAUGAGAACCUCUUCCAUUACCUCACAGACAUUCAGGGCAGUGGAGGAGUCCACAUCCCUGAGGCUCGAGGAGACGAUGCAUGGAAGGUGUACUUUGAUGAGACUGCCCAAGAAAUUGUGGAUGAAUUUGCCAUGCGCUAUGGCAUCGAGUCCAUAUAUCAGGCUAUGACGCACUUUGCAUGUUUGUCAUCCAAGUACAUGUGUCCUGGUGUGCCAGCAGUGAUGAGCACCUUACUGGCCAACAUCAAUGCCUACUAUGCCCACACAACCGCCUCCACCAAUGUCUCUGCAUCUGAUCGUUUUGCAGCCUCCAACUUUGGGAAAGAGAGAUUUGUAAAACUACUGGACCAACUGCACAACUCACUGAGGAUUGACCUCUCUACAUACAGGAAUAAUUUCCCUGCUGGGAGCCCUGAGCGACUUCAGGACUUAAAGUCCACAGUGGAUUUGCUGACCAGCAUUACUUUCUUCAGAAUGAAGGUGCAAGAACUGCAGAGCCCUCCAAGAGCCAGCCAGGUGGUAAAGGAUUGUGUGAAGGCCUGUUUGAAUUCAACAUAUGAGUAUAUCUUCAACAACUGCCAUGACUUGUACAGCCGCCAGUACCAGCUGAAUCAGGAGCUACCUCCAGAGGAACAAGGGCCCAGCAUUAAGAACCUGGAUUUCUGGCCCAAACUCAUCACGCUUGUUGUGUCAAUCAUAGAGGAAGAUAAGAAUUCCUACACACUCGUUCUGAACCAGUUUCCUCAGGAGUUGAAUGUGGGAAAAGUCAGCGCAGAAGUGAUGUGGCAACUCUUUGCCCAAGACAUGAAAUAUGCACUGGAGGAGCAUGAGAAAGACCGGCUGUGUAAGAGUGCUGACUACAUGAACCUGCACUUCAAGGUGAAGUGGCUCCACAAUGAAUACAUGCGGGAUCUGCCUGCCCUCCAGGGGCAGGUGCCUGAGUACCCAGCGUGGUUUGAGCAGUUUGUCCUACAGUGGCUGGAUGAGAAUGAGGAUGUGUCCCUGGAAUUUCUACGUGGGGCCUUGGAACGAGAUAAGAAGGAUGGGUUCCAGCAGACAUCAGAACACGCACUCUUUUCCUGCUCUGUGGUGGACGUCUUCACACAGCUCAAUCAGAGCUUUGAGAUCAUCCGCAAGUUGGAAUGCCCAGACCCCAGCAUCCUUGCCCACUACAUGAGGAGAUUUGCUAAGACCAUCGGGAAGGUGCUGAUGGAAUAUGCAGACAUCUUAUCAAAGAACUUCCCAGCUUAUUGCACAAAGGAGAAAAUGCCUUGCAUCCUGAUGAACAACAUGCAGCAACUGAGGGUCCAGCUGGAGAAAAUGUUUGAGGCCAUGGGAGGCAAGGAGUUGGACCCUGAAGCUGCAGACAGUCUGAAGGAGCUGCAGGUGAAACUGAAUACGGUUCUGGAUGAGCUCAGCAUGGUGUUUGGAAACAGUUUCCAGGUGCGGAUUGAUGAGUGUGUUCAACAAAUGGCCGACAUCCUGGGCCAGGUGCGGGGCCCAGGGAAUGCAUCCCCCAGCGCCCGGGCCUCAGUGACUCAAGAUGCAGAUAGUGUGCUCCGGCCCCUCAUGGACUUCCUGGAUGGCAACCUCACACUUUUUGCCACUGUGUGUGAGAAGACGGUCCUGAAGCGGGUACUGAAGGAGCUCUGGCGGGUGGUAAUGAAUACAAUGGAGAGGAUGAUUGUCCUGCCCCCACUUACUGACCAGACGGGCACCCAGUUGAUCUUCACUGCUGCCAAGGAGCUGAGCCACCUUUCCAAACUCAAGGACCACAUGGCGCGAGAGGAAACCCGGAGUCUCACUCCAAAGCAGUGUGCUGUCCUUGACCUCGCCCUGGACACCAUCAAGCAAUACUUUCAUGCAGGAGGCAAUGGGCUGAAGAAGACCUUCCUGGAGAAGAGCCCACAUCUGCAGUCCCUACGCUAUGCCCUGUCUCUGUACACACAGACCACAGACACACUCAUCAAGACCUUUGUGCGCUCACAGAUUGCCCAGGGGUCCGGUGUGGAUGAUCCUGUGGGAGAAGUCUCUAUUCAGGUGGACUUGUUUACACAUCCUGGAACUGGGGAGCACAAGGUCACAGUGAAAGUGGUGGCUGCCAAUGACCUCAAGUGGCAGACAGCCGGUAUGUUCCGGCCCUUUGUGGAAGUAACCAUGGUUGGCCCUCACCAAAGUGAUAAGAAGAGGAAGUUCACAACCAAGUCAAAAAGCAACAACUGGGCCCCCAAGUACAAUGAGACAUUUCACUUCCUCCUGGGAAAUGAAGAGGGGCCAGAAGCCUAUGAGUUGCAAAUAUGUGUGAAGGAUUACUGCUUUGCCCGGGAGGAUCGUGUUCUGGGGCUGGCUGUGAUGCCUCUGAGGGAAGUGGCAGCCAAGGGCAGCUGUGCCUGUUGGUGCCCCUUGGGCCGGAAGAUCCACAUGGAUGACACAGGCAUGACCAUUCUCCGGAUUCUGUCUCAGAGGAGCAAUGACGAAGUGGCCCGAGAGUUCGUGAAGCUCAAAUUGGAGUCUCGUUCCGUGGAGGAGGGGAGCUGAGCACCUAGGCUUCUGUGCCAACCAGGUGGCACCAGUUCCACAAGUCAGGGCUAAUGGGAGUUACUGUGUAUCUUAGGGUCCUCGUAGUCAAGAGGCUGACUCAUUCCGUUAAGGACAUUUAAGGAAAAGUUUGGGGUGGUGUGAGUAUGGCUUUGCACAGAAAGGGUCAUGAGUCCCUGACCAGCAGGUCUGUGAUGCUGAGAGCUGGGCUGUGGGGGUUACCAGGCAGCGAGAUUUUCCACAGAGGGGCAGACGUUUCUGAGAGUGUCAGCCAUUCUUGGCAGAGGUUCUUCCACUCCCACACCCCUUCUCUACCCCUCUCCAUACCACACCUUAUCCAGUUAGAUCCGUACAUACCAAUCAUUAGAAGAACAAGUUUAGAGGGCCUGGAGCUUAUGCCUAAUUAGGUAAGUAAUCAUUUGAGUCUACAGGUAUUGCUGAGCCCUGUGGUCUGGAUUGGAGUAUGGCCAGGGCAGGAGCACACAGAAUAGAAUUCAGCCUGUCCCUUGAGCAGAAUCUACUGGUGUAGAGUAGCUCAAGUGAGUACAAGGCAUUGAAACUGAACCAGAAACCUUUCAGAAAUGAGCUCUGCUAAUCCCUUGCCCAGAUUAUCUGUCAUGAGUAGAAUCAGGUUCCCAUGGUGCUUCAGAGCCCUGAGCAGAAUUUCUUUGGAACCCAAGCACCAGGGGCCACCUGCCCAGGAGUCCCCCUACCUCACUCCUUUAGGAAGAGGAGUGAUGCUUCAGGACAUGAGAAGCUCUUCUUAAGUGUAUGCACCUGAGAGCUAGUUGAAGGAUCCAGGAGAGAGGACUGUAUUUUCUUCGUGAAAAAGCCCUGAACAAAGCCAAAAGUUGUGGAAAUCAAUCUAGAAAGAGUCCUCUUCACCUAUGGCCACUGCCUUCUGGCGGUCCUCCCCCUUGCAGAAAGAAUCCAGCCUUUGUCCUCACUCCCUUUCAUCUAGGUCAGCUGCAGUUCCCCUCAUAGAUGUUCAACCCUACGGAAGGAACUUGGACUGUGAUCCCUCUGUACCGGCUGGAUGAAGGGGGGGCCUCAACACUCCCUGGGAGGUCAGAGACAAACAUUUUCCAGAGGGUCAUGUGGACUUCCCAGGCCCCUUGCUCAGAGAAGGGCCUUCGAUAACCUCAGUAGCAGCCUCUUGGACUUCCUGAGGACUCUGCAUUGUCCAUUGGCCAUUACAUGAAAUAAGAAACUAGGAAUCUUUGCUGUUUUAAAUUAUUGUACGUGCCAUUGUUACAAGAGAUUAUUGGCUAGUCUGUAAUAAAUUAUCUUAUAGCA